AUGGAAAAUAAUAAUCCGAAUUACGCUAAUUCGAAACUUAUUGAUAACAGCAUUCAAAUGAGGGAAAACAGAGUCUUGGAGACAAAACAAAAGAAUGAACGCAGUAGUUCGACUUUUGAAUGUCAAAUUAUUCUUCAACUUCUCGUCGAUACUGUAAAAAAUGCAUACAAUCAGAUCAACGCAUAUUGUAUCUCUAGCGGAAAAUGUGACUUGACCAACGUUGCACCUUUAGCUAAUGAUCUGAUUUCAAAUAAUGAUGGGAGUUUACCGGGGCAUCAAGCUAUUAAACAAGUUUACAAUACGAUGAGUCUACAUCAACAUUAUCACCAUGGCUUGCAUAAUCACGCACAUAGCUCCGAGGAAGAUGAAAAACUACGACCCAAUACCCUCGUUAACAAUCAAACACCAAACGAAUUAAAUCAUCUGCUGAAGAAAGAGGAAUUAUCAAACUUACACAAUUUGUUGUUGCAAGAACUUAUUAACAGCAAUGCCAGGCCAGACGGUAGCCUUAGCAAUGUAAACUCUCAAAAUUUAAAUGGUUUGGGAUUGAAUGAAUUACUUAUGCUUAAUAAUAUCAGACCAGAAAUUAAUGAUAACAACGUGGCUCCUCAAAUACAAAAUCCAAACAUAUUAAACAAUGCACAAGGGUCAGAUGAUUUGACAUUGCAGGAAUUACUUUUACUGAAUAACAAUGUUAAAUCAGAUAUUAACGAUAACAACGCAAAUUCUCAACUACAAUAUCUAAACACAUUAAACAACGUACAGGGGUCAAAUGAUUUGACAUUGCAGGAAUUACUUUUACUGAAUAACAAUAUCAGACCAGAUAUUAAUGACAACAACGUGAUUCCUCAAAUAAAAAAUCCAAACAUAUUAAACAAAGUACAGGGUUCAAAUGAUUUGACAUUGCAGGAAUUACUUUUACUGAAUAACAAUAUCAGACCAGAUAUUAAUGACAACAACGUGAUUCCUCAAAUAAAAAAUCCAAACAUAUUAAACAAAGUACAGGGGUCAAAUGAUUUGACAUUGCAGGAAUUACUUUUACUGAAUAACAAUAUCAGACCAGAUAUUAAUGACAACAACGUGAUUCCUCAAAUAAAAAAUCCAAGCAUAUUAAACAAAGUACAGGGGUCAAAUGAUUUAACAUUGCAGGAAUUACUUUUACUGAAUAACAAUAUUAAACCAGAUAUUAACGAAAACAACGCAAAUUCUCAAAUACAAUAUCUUAACUCAUUAAACAACAUACAGGGGUCAAAUGAUUUGACAUUGCAGGAACAACUUUUACUGAAUAACAAUAUCAAACCAGAUAUUAACAAUAACAACGCAAAUUCUCAAAUACAAUAUCUAAACACAUUAAACGGCAUACAGGGGUCAAAUGGUUUGUCGAUGCAAGAGUUACUUAUGUUGAAUAACAAUAUCAGACCAAACAUUAACGAAAACAACGAAAAUUCUCAAAUACAAAGUCCAGACGUAAUAAACAACAUACAGGGAUCAAAUAGUUUGUCAAUGGAAGAAUUGCUUCAUCUUAGUAAAAAUUUUAAACCAGAUCUUAAUGGAAUGAAUCAAUUACAUAAUCCAAACUUGAUCGGGACACCGUCACAGUCAAAUUACCGGGAAUAUCUACAACAGUUAUUACUUAAUACUUUAAACUCUCAUUCAAACGAAGCUAACGUGGGACAAACGUGA